AUGGCUCCCUCCUUAGAGAUCCGUGUCGAGGAGGCGGCCAGUGACAUCCCUCUUCCAUCAAAGGCUCCUAGUUCUGCUGUUGCUUCUUACAUCCCCGGUCGUACCAUCGUCGAGAAGCACGAGACAUAUGUCCACGACGACUUGACGCCAUCCUUCCCCGACAAGCAUUGGCCAGCCCUUCAAGAAGUCCCAUACUCAGACAAAGGGCUCCUGGGAGAUCCUUCCUUUAAGAAUCUCCUCGCUGGAGCUACGGAUAUCUUUGACUACAACCCAAAAAUUGGCACCGAAAUCCAUGGCGUCGAUCUCGCCAACCUCUCCGACGCCGCCAAGAACGACCUCGCUCUGCUAAUCGCUACACGCGGCGUUGUCUUCUUCCGCAACCAAAAGAAUUUUGAUAUUGAUGCUCAACGCAAGCUCGGUGCAUACUUUGGAUCUCUACACAAGCAUGCCACGACAGCGGUGCCCAAGCGUGGCGACCUUGACGAUGUUCACGUGGUCUAUACAGAUGAGAACUCAAAGGACCAACGUGCCUUGUUUUCACCAUCCUUCCUCUGGCACUCGGAUGUCACCUAUGAGGUCCAACCGCCUUCAUACACCUCACUCAAGGUCUUAACCGGCCCUCCUCGAGGCGGUGGUGGAGACACACUCUGGUCCUCUCAGUACGCAGCCUACGAUGCGCUGUCCCGGCCCAUGCAGAAGUAUCUCGAGUCCCUCACUGCCCUCCACUCCUCGCACAUGCAAGCCGAAGGCUCCAAAGCCGCCGGCCGUCCGGUCCGCCGAGCACCAAUCGUCACCGAGCACCCCCUCAUCCGCUCCCACCCCGUCACCGGCUGGAAAUCACUCUUCUUCAACCCCGGUUUCGUGACCAAAAUCGUCGGUGUCCCCAAGGUCGAGAGCGACAUGAUCAUCAACUACCUGAACGAGGUCGUCGUCACCACCCAGGAGCUCCACGUCCGCUUCCAGUGGGGCAAGGACGAUGUCGCCUUUUGGGAUAACCGCGUCACGAAUCACUCAGCUUCCUAUGGUUUCGCGCCGCAUCGCCGCCAUGCGGUGCGCGUCUGCUGCCAGGCUGAAAGGCCUUUCCUAUCCCCGGACGCUACGAGUCAGGAGGAAGAUCUCGCGCGGAGAUAUGGUCUGCCUGUUGUGAAUAAGGACGGUAGCCGACAGAGCAACUAUAAUGAUUGA